AUGCCUACUUCAUCUGCUGCAGCUGCUAGUCCAGGCAAUUCACAUAAUGUAGUUGGUGUACAUUACAAGGUUGGCAAGAAAAUUGGCGAAGGAAGUUUUGGCAUCAUUUAUGAAGGCAUCAAUUUGCUCAACAACCAACCCGUCGCUAUCAAGUUUGAACCUAGAAAAUCAGAUGCCCCUCAGCUUCGAGAUGAAUACAGAGCAUACAAGACACUAGCUGGAAUCACUGGUAUACCCACAGCCUACUACUUUGGUCAGGAAGGACUUCACAACAUCUUGGUCAUUGACUUACUGGGCCCUAGUCUCGAGGAUAUGUUUGACACUUGUGGUAGACGUUUCAGUGUCAAAACGACAGCCAUGCUCGCUAAACAGAUGUUGACGAGAGUUCAAACAAUCCACGAAAAGAAUCUUAUCUACAGAGACAUCAAACCAGACAAUUUCUUGAUUGGAAAGCCUGGCACAGAGACAGAGAAUCAGAUAUUUAUUGUGGAUUUUGGCAUGGCCAAAUUAUACAGAGAUCCCAAAACCAAGCAACAUAUCCCUUACCGUGAAAGAAAGAGUUUAUCUGGUACCGCUCGUUAUAUGAGUAUCAAUACUCAUUUAGGAAGAGAGCAAUCUCGUCGUGAUGAUCUCGAAUCCCUGGGCCAUGUUUUCAUGUACUUUUUGAGAGGUUCUUUGCCUUGGCAAGGCCUCAAAGCGGCCACCAACAAACAAAAGUAUGAAAAGAUUGGCGAAAAGAAACAGACCACUGCCAUCAAGGAUCUCUGUGAUGGAUACCCAGAGGAAUUUGGUAUAUACCUCCAGUAUGUACGUAAAUUAGGUUUCGAAGAAACCCCUGAUUAUGACUUUUUGCGUGGAUUGUUCAGUAAAGCCAUCGAAAAAGUGGGCGAACAAGACGAUGAUGUGUACGAUUGGAUGUUGCUCAACAGUGGAAAGGGAUGGCAGACAUUGUCUAAACGUAGUACUCGCCAGCAUACCACCAAUAAAAAGAUUGUCGAUCAAAAUGCUACUCGUACCAAAGACCAAUCUCAACGCCCUAUUCAGCAAGAACCUUCACAACAGCAGAAUCAGCAGCAGCAACAACAGUAUCAGCAACAAGAGCAACAAUAUCGCCCGAAAAAGCCUGGAUUUUGGAGCAAAUUAUCAUGCGGUUUAUGCCAAUAA